ACAUGAUUAAAAAUCUUACCAAUCCCAACUUUUGAAAGCCUAUUCUAGCUUUGAGCAGUUCUUAGGCACUGAAGUCAGAUGUAGCCUAUCAUGUAGUUUGUUUAUAAUCUCGUCCUUUGCCACUGGCCUGUGUAAAUAUCUAUUGUAAAUAUGCGCUCUGUCAUGUAUUUUCAUUAGACAGUUUUACAGUUAAGAAGAUUGGUAUCUUAAAACAACUGCAGUAGGUAGCCUAUUGGUAUUUCCCCUUUAGCCCUUCGAAUAGCCUACUCUUGAAUAAGUAAAAUGGCCAUGAUGAAAAAGCGCAGCGAUUGAGAGUUGAGUUUUGACACGUGCAAGCUGUCUGUCAGUCCGCUUGUGUGGAGCUCUUUAAAUUGUCGGUCAGUGCGCGCGCGUGUGCGCCUGUGUCAGUGCUGAGACGAGCGCUAGAGGAGGCAGCAGUGGCGCAUCUCACAUAUCCGCCGCUGGAAUAUAACGGCUGCUUUAGGAUGUGAACGGGUCUCGGCCUCGUCACCGGCCAAAGCUCCUGUUUUCCCAUGACAAACAGAUGCGAGAAGAGAGCGAGCGCGCGCGAGAGUGAACGGUACAGGGGAGCGGAGAGAUCCUCGGUAUUAUUAUGAGAAAAGAGGACGGGGUUGUCGGAGCCGUAUUUGUUUUGCUCGCGGAGAUGAGGCGGGGGGUAGCGAGUCGCUACAAAAUCGUUGGGCUCCGGCCAAGCAUUGCUCUGUUUUAGCACAUAUAUAUAGCGCAGCGCUUGCGUUUUCAUCGUCAACUGACUCGUUUGAUCGUCACGGUUUGCAUCGCAGAAAAAUAAUGCAGCUGUCUCGAGGACAUCUGUGAGAUUUGCGGACUGCUGUUGCCGCUGCCAUGACAGACGCAGGCUUUACCGAGCAGGCGGUGUGAGAGAAGCACGGCCCCAGCUGCAGCAGCACGGCCGAUGUGGGCUGCGUUUACCGGGGGAGAUUAAAUCUGUAAAUACUGUUCGCGUUAUUCCUCUUUAAUCGUGUGCAUUCUCAGGGAAAAUGUCCUCUCGGUCUGCUUUACCGUCUGCGAACGACCGGAGCACAGAUCAUACACCAUUGUUCUUUAGAACGACUGCCAAAACAAUCACAGGAUUCUGGGAUAUCACAGAAAAGGAUACAUCUAUGCCAUCAAAAACCAACUAGAUGAAGGCAUCUUAGACACAAAUCAUGCGUCUCUGGUGGCGAGUCGUUCAGAGAAAGGGACGAAUGUGUCGAGUCGUUCACUGGGUGCGAGAUGUCGUAACUCCAUGGCCUCUUGCUCAGAUGAGCUGCCACACAUCGGAAACUACCGGCUCCUUAAAACCAUCGGCAAGGGCAACUUUGCUAAAGUCAAACUAGCCCGCCACAUCCUCACAGGCAAAGAGGUUGCAAUAAAGAUUAUCGAUAAGACUCAGUUGAACCCAACCAGCCUACAAAAGCUGUUUAGAGAGGUGCGGAUCAUGAAGACACUCCAUCACCCCAACAUUGUCCAACUCUUUGAGGUUAUAGAAACAGAGAAGACGCUUUAUCUUGUGAUGGAAUAUGCAAGUGGAGGUGAGGUGUUUGAUUACCUGGUGUCUCAUGGGAGAAUGAAAGAAAUAGAGGCUAGAGCCAAAUUCAGACAGAUUGUGUCAGCCGUUCAUUACUGUCAUCAGAAGAAUAUAGUUCACAGAGAUCUAAAGGCAGAGAAUUUGCUAUUGGAUGCAAAUGCUAACAUAAAGAUAGCAGACUUUGGUUUUAGUAACGAAUUUACAUUGGGGAAUAAGUUGGACACCUUCUGCGGUUCCCCACCUUACGCAGCUCCAGAGUUGUUUCAAGGAAAAAAGUAUGACGGGCCAGAGGUGGACAUCUGGAGCCUGGGGGUCAUCCUGUACACACUGGUCAGCGGGUCGCUUCCUUUUGAUGGACAGAACCUCAAGGAGCUGCGUGAGCGAGUGUUGAGGGGGAAGUACCGUGUGCCCUUCUACAUGUCCACAGACUGUGAGGGGAUUCUGCGCAGGUUUCUUGUGCUCAAUCCCAGCAAACGUUGCACUCUAGAGCAAGUGAUGAAGGAUAAGUGGAUGAAUGCAGGGUAUGAGGCCGAUGAGCUAAAGCCGCACAUUGAGCCAACGGAGGACUACAGUGAUGCCAAUCGAAUUGAGAUUAUGGUUGGAAUGGGUUUUACUCCAGAAGAGAUUAAAGACUCUUUACUCAAUCAGAAAUACAAUGAAGUCACGGCUACAUAUCUAUUGUUGGGCCUGAAGACUGAGGAUGGCGCUGAGUCACGAGUUAGUGGCAGUAUGACUUUGCCGCGGGUGCGUCCGAGCCCAAUUACCAACGGAACCAACAAACACUCCUCUUCUUCGUCAUCUUCCUCAUCCUCACACAGCAAGACUCAGCGCAGCGCCUCUACCUACCACCGCCAGCGACGGCACAGUGACUUCUGUGGUCCCAGCAUGCCUGUGAUGCAUCCUAAGCGUAGCCCGACCAGUGGCGGAGACCGUGAGCUGCGUGAGAGCCGCAUGCCGCCAAGGAAGGCCAGCUGUAGCGUUAUGGGCAGUCGGACCCUACCACCAUCUAGUCCAAUGGUCAGCACCGCCAACAAUCCCAAUAAGGCUGAGAUACCUGAUCGACGCAAGGAGAUGACCGCCACCACUAACAAUAUCCCAGGAAGUACCAUGACCCGCAGAAACACGUACGUAUGUACAGAUCGUACCAGCACUGAUCGACACUCGCUGCUGCAGAAUGGCAAAGACAACAGCUCCCUGUCUCACCGCCUUCCUCCCACCUCUCCCUCCACUCUCAGUAUUGUCGGAGCGGGAGCAUCCUCCUCCUCUUCCUCAGGUGAGCGCUGUAGGCUGACACGUGGAUCCACCAUCCGGAGCACCUUCCAUGGGGGUCAGCUCCGUGACCGUGUCCCGCCCACCUAUGGACCUCCGCCCACAUCGCCCACCCUCAGCCAUGAUGCUGGAGCCCUGCCGCCAAAUGUCCGCAGCCGGGCCACUUCUAACCUGUUCAGCAAACUCACCUCCAAACUUACACGCAGGGUCACAAAUGAAUCUGAGGGAGUCAGCAGAUCUUCGGUCACAGGUGGCCAUUUAUCUGGGAAUCAGAAAGCGCCCGAGCCCUGGAGCGGGGGAGGGGGGUGGGAUGUAAGGGGUCAUCUCUCCCGUCCCCCCCGGGCCCCUGCUGAUGUGGUACUGGCCUUGCGUGAGGCGGCGAGGGGAUGCGGCUGCCAGGUCCAGCAUGCUGGCCCGUUUGUGCUGUGCUGCAGUCAUGGGGCGGCAGGGUCAAAAGUCACUUUCCAAGCUGAGGUGUGCCAACUGAGUGUGGGUCCCGCAGAGGCAAACGGAGUACGCUACACGCGCCUGUGGGGGGCCCCCCUCGCCUUCAGGCACAUCGCAUCGCAGAUCUCUAAAGAGGUGGAGCUCUGAGGGGACGGGGCGGAGACUUGACUUGGAGACGUCCCCUCACUAUAUCCAUCAUUAUAGCGAACUGACGUUGACCCACCCAACUAUGUGUUAUAGACUUAAAACAACAUCCGAUCCCUCCUCCAGUCAACACUCAACACAUACCGAAACUAAACACACGUACAAGUAAACAAACACGAUCACCUUAAAAGCACGGGACACUCAACCCUGACAAUAUGGAAACCUAAAGUACAAAAACAAGCACACCCCUUCCAUGCACAGCAUAAACCUGAGCGCUUCUUAACAUGGAUACACACACACACUCUGAAAAGCCUCAUUCACCGGAUCUGGAAUGAAUCCAGUUUAGUAUUUUUAUUCUCAUUCUAGUCAUGAAAUUCUUACUUAAAUAAUUGAUGUCAUUCUUUUUUUUAACCACUUUUGUAUGUUUUCAACAAGUCUUGACAUUUUAAACGGGUCAUCAUUUUUAAGUUUUUGUGAUUUAAUGUGUCUUACAUUUCUUAAUACUGAGUCAUUGACAAUGUAGGACUGUAGCUGCCAAUGAACUAUAUGCACAAAUGUGAAGUUGGCAAACUUAUCCUAACUUCAUCAUAGCUCACGGUGCCCAACCAAAUCUACAUCGCUGGCGACCGCAAAUUUGAUCAGGCUGCAAGCCAACCAUCCACACUUUGUUUUUGAGAUUGUCUAAGCUAAAUUUUGUUCCCUAGAAAAUCUGUUUUUCUGAUGUAUAGUGCCAGUUUACUUCCUACCGAUUUUAAUUUAGAAGAGACAUUUAAAGCCAAAUGACUUUCCCUGACCCUUCGCGAACAGGCUCUGUGAUUGGUUGGUUCUAGAUAUUAAUCCUUUAUUUCAACUCCUAUUCAGUGAUCCUUUGCAAAUAGUCACCUCUCCCUUUACCUGGUCAGAGUGGAGUUGAGGUUACCACAAAAGUGAUUUUACGGAGAGAGACUGUUUUAGUGUUCAGUGUUAUUAAAGACACGUUUCCUGCAUUGUAUAUAUCUGAAUAAUUUGGAAAAAAGACCUAUUGGAUAUAGGAUCAUAUUGGAUAUUAUCUAAUUGUCAAACAAAAAACAAUUUAUGUAUUUAAAAUUGAUUCUAUCCACCUCCAGUAUUAAAAACGAGCAGAUAAGUAAAUAUCACAUACAGAAAUGGUGUUGGCAUUGCAAAGUAUGUUGUGGCCUAGUAAUAUGCCAACAGUAUGCCAUAGAGUCACAUUCAAUAGCACAUGUAUGUUAUUGUUUGUUUACUUAAAAAUCACUAGAUAUCUAAAAUGCAGGAUGUUAUCAUGCAGGAGUGCAGGAAGAAGUUCAGUGCUCUUACUGCUGGAAUACAUUUUAGGGGCAAAUGCACCAACAGGGUUUUGAAAAGAGUUGUUUUUUGAUUCAAAGUCAGUUGCACUUGCAAUCUUGUGAUAAAAUAGCAUUAUGUAUGACUAUAUCCAUUGCAAAUGCUGUGUAACAUAAAUAGAGACGCAGUUUUAGAUUGGACCACAGACAUAGUGUUAUGGACAGGCUAUGUUUUUGCUGUAGCUCAUGAUGGUUUUUUAGCCAUAUGCGAGUUUGUUUCUUUAACAGAUGUGGAAGCAUGUUAUUAUCGAUUUAACAGGGAUUUCAUAUGCUGGUUUGACACCUGAGUAAAAGAAAUACGCUGCUUAAGAUUGUUUUUCAUGAGUAGAAAUAGGUUUGUUGGGAGCUUUUCUGUACUUUUUUCAAAUAAUACUCUUGGCUUGCUUUUUGACCAAACCAGUUCUGGCCAUUUGUUAUAUAACAAAUCCUAACUUUGCAAUAGUUGUCAAUUUGGCAAGCAUAAAAUAAACAGCAAUUCACAAGCGAGUGGAUCAAAAUGUAACUGUGAGUGGUGAUAAUUGUGCAAUAGCAGUAGAUGUUACUGUCAGGUUUAGAAGUUGUUUCUAUCUUAAUGUAAAGCCAUGCUUCGGCCCUGUUGGUGCUGCCAGCUUGUAGACAGUGAGAUACUGAGCAGACACAUGGAUUCGAGUAAUGAUUUUUUUUUUUUCAGUCGGGAAGGUGUAUAGGACACUUCUUGCUUGUUCAGUUUGAAUAAUCAGGUUGGUUUAAUAGGUUUGGUCUGUUAAGUUUUGAUUGGGGAGUCAUUGUGCUAUCGUGUGAAAUAUAUAGUAGAUACUAAAGAAUUAUAUUCCACUUUCUCUAUGUUUGUGAUGGCAUCUCCCUCCGUUUAUGAGAGGGUGUCGGAUUAUCGUACUGAAAAAAAGCUUGGUUCUUGAUUUUGAUUGUCUGCAGCAAGUAGGUCAAAUACUUCAAGAUGCUUGAAAGUUUACUUGUGAUGACUGACUCCACAAGAAUCACUGUGGCACAUCACCUUUGACCUUUAGCCACAUAGUGAGCCCCCAGACCACAAGUCUGCCAUCUCUUUAUCCAUCCACUUUUUUGUUGUCUCGUUCACUUUAUUCUCUGCCUUUGUGCCACACAUUCGCAAAGACACCCAGUUUCUCCUCGUCCGAUUGCUGAAUCACUGGAAAUCCUUGUGUCAUUGUUCUGUCUGCUCUGUGACUGGACUCCUUUUGUGGAGACGCUUCCUGUUUCAAACUGAACAGGGUAAGGACUGGGCGUCCUGGACCAGUCUGAACCGGUCUCCACAUCAGACCGGCCCUAUCUGGUUUGGACUGCUGAGAUCUGUAUCUGUUCGAUGUCCAUUAAGACCUCUGUGCACUCAUGUUGACUUGAAUCAGCUGCAUCCUAUGGCUCUGUGGGUUUGUACCCAUGUUUGGCCACCGGAAGGCGCCAAUGUCUUAAAUGUGAACACUUCAAUUUGUGUAUAUUUGCACAGGUACUUAAUUUAUUUUCUAGAAUAAUUAUCUUGGGAGAAAAAAAAAAAAUCAUGGUUUAUAUCAGUCAGACUCUGGCUGUAUAUAAAGAUUAUGAUACUGAUGAUAAUAUUGUGAGUAUAGUAUAUACAGUAUCUUAGAACUCCAGGUUAAAUCAUAGCUAGAGCAGAGACCCUCUGCUAGCUCUCCAGACGUUUCUAUGUGUGCUGAAGUGAAACACUAACCUGCAAUCCUGCAUGAUUCAGAGCAAGGAUGGAGAAAGAGAGAAGACAAAUGUGAAAUAACAGGACAGGCAAAAGCAAAAGAAUUCAAGGGAGAGAGUGUGUAUGCGUGUGCAUGUAUGUGUGAAUGUGUGCGUCUGUGUACUGCGCUACUCUGUUGCCCUGCCUCCCUCUCUCUGCUGGUAGGAAAUGUUUGUUUGUGUGAAAGGAUUAGGGCAGACUUUAGCUCUGGCAGCCAUACUUGACCUGGAGUGAAAGUGUGUCGUUAUGAAUGAGCUUUUUUAAUGUCCAAGGCAUUAAAAAACAGAGUAUUAGAGAGAAUCGCGAGUCAGGUGCGUCACAUCUGAAUGGUAAAUCCCUCCAGUUCAGUGUUGUGCUGUCUGUGACGUAAAUUAUCUGCUAUGACAUUGGGUUUCUCAUGAUGCAUUUAGCUAAUAUGCAAUAUGACGAGAGAAGUCAGGCGGAAACUAUAUAUAUAUGAGAGUGAGCAAGAGAGAGACAGAGAGAUUCAAACCUUGAUGCUGUUUGCAGAAAGUCAUUUUUUCCCCAGAGGUGUUUGCACCUCUGGCCAAAUAUUAAAAAUGGAAACAAAAGAUAUUGAGAGAAAUAAACUUCACUGAUGUUGGCAUCUUUGCUUGUGUUUGAUUAUUGCAUCAUUUUUAUCCAGAUGUAUGGAAAUGUCGUGGUGUGGGGCAAAAUUCUAUCCCUCUUCUUUUUUAUGGGUACUUUAUUUGUUGCCUGGUAGGAAAAGAUAAAGAACAUCAUUCAUGUUUUUUUUUUUUUUAUCAUAAUAUAUGUUAAAUUAUUCAUUAACUGUUAACUGGCAUCUAAACUUUGAACAAAUUAACUCAUUACAAAAUGAAUAGUUUAUACAUAUACGUAUGUGUAUACACACACAAAUUUAUAAAUAUAUAUAAUACAAAAAAUAGAAGACAUGUUUAUGUUUUAUGGGGUAUUUUUAUUUAAAUACAACUUGAUUGAUUCACUUUUUACAACCAAGACUGAAAUUAAGGUGAAGCCUCGACGACAGGCGCUCACACCUGCGCCGGGAAUCUGAUCCCAAGAUGUUGCCAACUGAACAGAAAAGUGGAAAAAAUUGAUGGCGAAAUGACAUGGAAAAUAAAGAAGAAGGGGAAAAAGGAAAGCAAGACAGAUGCAAAGGCGAGACUGUCUUUUUGAGCAGCAGUUUCCUCUGCAUUGAUGUCAGAUUGCGCGAUGGACUAAAAAAAAAAGACAAGGGGAAAAAAAAGGAAGGGCUCCCGCUUUACUUCUGGGCAGGGAUCAUGCUGUCGAUGGACUCGCCCUUCUCCAGCUUCUUCUCCAUCUCAACCAUCAGCUUAACACCAUCAACCACACAC